UUGAUGUUUGUGGGAAUGUGACCCAUUUUAAAUAUGUCGCGCUACACAAUUUCAGUCUCUGGCUCGUGCACGAGCAGGGCGGAUGGGUGAAACCCACAAAAGACAUUGUUCUUUUAACGUCAGAUGACGAUUUUCGUAUUUUAUUGGUUAUGAGUGGAUGUGCAUGAGUUGUUCUCAGAACUCUUGUUUACGAUUUCUGUGGGUGAUAACUAUUAAUUAUGUUAAGUGUACCGUUCACGCUAUCAGUAUGUAUUGCAAGUCUUCUCUUUUUACGUGUUCGAGCGAUGCCCGCCGUCAUAACUGCCAAUCCACCACCAGCAGAAUCAAGUUUUCAAGAUGACUGGGACUACAAGCAGGAGCAACAUAAAGUUCCGCUCCUGCAGACCGGGCGUCACAAUCAUGUUUUACCCCCGACAGCCAAUGCGACUUCCCGUCUAUUGUGGGAACUGGAUCAAGAAAAAACCACCCAUCUACCGCAAUUCGUCGACCAGGCGCUAAAACUCCUGAAUCUCAAGCAAGUAGCUUUCGAAAUCGAGAAUUCAGUGAUGUCGAAAGUGUCAUGCACCGCAUGUAAAGCAGGUGCUGGAUUGUUACAGCAUUACAUAAAAAGCGGCAAAUCAGAAAAGGAAAUAAAGAAAACCAUCUACCAGUUUUGCGUCAACUUGAAAAUACAAACGGCGAGAGUGUGUGAGGGAAUCACUGAACUUUUCGCUGGAGAAGUGAUCUAUGUGUUAGGAAAAAUUACAUUGGGACCUGAUGAAGUAUGCAGUUUCGUAAUAGGUGACGCCUGUGGGGAUGUUUAUAAUCCAUUACACGAGUGGGAAGUCAUGUUUCCACCGGUUCCUAAACCACCAAUUACUCAGCAAAAAAUUCCAGAAAUGAAUGCACCCACUUUCAAGGUUUUGCAUUUGUCGGAUACCCAUUACGACCCAUAUUACCAUGAAGGUAGCAACGCAGAUUGUACAGAACCUCUGUGUUGCAGAUUAACCAAUGGAAUGGCUAGUUCUAAGGAACAAGCUGCUGGAAAAUGGGGCGAUUACCGCAAAUGCGAUACCCCCAAAAUCACCGUCGACAACAUGCUCCAGCACAUCCAAGAAACCCAUCCCGACAUCGAUUACAUCAUGUGGACCGGUGACUUGCCACCUCAUGACAUAUGGAACCAAACGCGUGAAGAAAAUUUAAAAAUCCUCAAAGAAACAGUGAAACAAAUGUCGGAUAUGUUUCCGGGGGCUCCGAUUUUUCCGGCGCUGGGAAACCAUGAAUCGGCUCCGGUUAAUAGUUUUCCUCCACCAUACAUCGACAAUGCGGAGAAUUCCAUUUCUUGGUUGUAUGACGAACUAGAUUUACAGUGGAGGAAAUGGCUACCGAGUUCCGUGAGCACUACAGUGAGAAGAGGGGCUUUUUAUUCGGUUUUGGUCAGGCCCGGAUUUAGGCUCAUCUCGAUUAAUACGAAUUAUUGCAACAACAAGAACUGGUGGCUCUUGCUAAAUAGUACCGACCCAGCGACAGAACUCCAGUGGUUUAUUUAUGAGCUCCAAUCAGCAGAAUUUAAUAACGAAAAAGUACAUGUUAUAGGUCACAUACCCCCCGGACACUCUGACUGUUUAAAAGUAUGGUCUAGAAAUUACUACGCAAUUGUGAGUAGGUACGAAAACACGAUCACUGGACAGUUUUUCGGUCACACCCAUUUUGAUGAAUUUGAAGUUUUCUAUGACCAUAAAGAUUUAAGUAGGCCAAACAAUAUAGCAUUUGUAGGUCCCUCGGUUUCACCCUACUACGAUUUAAAUCCAGGAUACAGGAUAUAUUAUGUAGACGGAGACCAUGACAAGUCUACCAGGGCUGUUAUUGAUCACGAAUCGUGGACUAUGAAUUUGCGUGAGGCUAAUUUGUAUGGAUACCCUAUAUGGUUUAAACUGUAUUCGGCACGACAAGCUUUUGGAAUGGAUGCGUUACGACCGCUCGAUUGGGAUAAUUUAAUUGACAGAAUGACAAAUGAUGCAAAAUUAUUUGAAUUGUUUUAUAAAUAUUAUUAUAAAGCGAGUCCUGUAAGACCUUCCUGCGACAUGACGUGUAAAAAAAAAAUUUUAUGUGACUUGCAUUCUGGACGAUCGCACGACAGAAAAAAUCUUUGUCAAUCCAUUGAAUCUAGAAUAGAUUCUUCGAAUAAUACGACAUGGAAGGAGUGGUUUUAUAAUACAAUAUCUGUGUCAGUGGUGUAGGGACCUUAGAUCUGCAACAUAUACGCAAUACGUUUCUCUACUGGGAUGUCCGUUUUGUGGUCCAUCCCAAGAUUAACGAUUCAACUACCAAAGUAUGUGUUGGGUCUCGGCUAACUCAUUAUUUUUAGAAAUUUUACUUAUUCAAGUCAUUAGGAAAAUAUUUAACAUUUCAUCCACUCUUAUUAUCUUUUCUUUUUUUUAUCAUCAUUUAAUGAGGGCUGUGUAUUUUUGAUAUGAUCAAAAAAUACCAACAUUAUUAUAUAAUAGGUCAACCGUCACUGCUAAUAUUUAGUUAAUUUAUUUAUUUGUGUGUGUAUAAUUUUAGGGUGAAAUUUUUUAUUGAACUAUUAACAUCAUUUGAAAAAUUUCACUUUUAAAGUUAUAUUUUUAUAUUUGGUAGUUCAGUCUUAAAUUGUAAUUUACUAGUGAUGUACAAAUUGAAAUUGUUAUUAUUUGUUACAAAAUAAAACAAACUUAACCCAUGUAUCGUUAUUUAUUUAAAAAUCAAGAUGUAUAAAUUAUCUGUACGUUCCAUUUUGGUGUUUGGUAAUGAAGAAUACAGUGUCAGAAACGUGCUACAAUUAUGUAGAGAAAAAACUUGACUACUACCUAUUUUCUACAGAACGUUUAA